CAGCCAAAUUUUUGUACAUUUAGACUAUGUCAUUAUCAAAAGGUCUUGUUGCCGUUCCAACUUCUCCCUUGCUAUCCACGCUCUUUGAUGCCCGGUCCUAUUGGUUUGCACCUCAUUUCUGAGGAUGAUACUCGCUAUGAACAAGAGAUUCUAGCGAGUCCCUAUGACAUUGCUGCCUGGCUCAAGUACUACCGUGCCAAGGCAAACGGUCCCGCCUAUGACCGCAUCUUCCUCCUCGAGCGUGCGGUACACCAGUUUCCGCGCUCGUACAAGUUUUGGACUCUCUACCUUGACCUCCGUGUGCUGCUUUUGGACACCGCGCAUCCGCACUUCCACGCCCGCCAGUUUGCACGGGUAAAUGCAUUGUUUGACCGCGCGUUGGUGCACAACCAUGCGCUUCCACUCGUGUGGCUCCGCUAUCUCGCAUUUUUGCGCCGCCAGACCGACAUCACGCGCACGCGACGCACCUUCAACCGGUGUCUCCAGGCACUCCCGCUCACCCAGCACGGUCUUAUCUGGCCCCACUUCCUCAACUUUGCUGCAUCCGUAGGCGGCUCUACUGCGGUGGCGGUGUACCGUCGCUACUACGAGUAUGAUCCAACAAAGGUUCAGAUGGUAAUUGAACAGUUGGUUGCACUAGGUGAUGUGGACGAAUGUUUGCGCAUCCUCGACGACGUCCUCUCUAGUCCCGAGAUCUUGUACAAUCCCACAAUCAUCGACAAGAGUCCGUUGGACUUGUGGAGCGACUUUUGCGACGCUGCAAUGCGCGGAAAACCUAGAGACACAUUUGUGGAGAACUUGGUAGCCAACGGUCUUGCCCGCUUCCCCGACCAGGUCAGCCGACUCUACGUGAAGCUCUCCACAUACUUUGCUAAACGAAAGAAUUUCCGCAAGGCGUCAGAAUAUUUUGAAAAGGGGUUGAAACAGUCCAUGACCGUGAAGGACUUUACUUUGAUCUUUGACACGUAUCUGGCGUUGUUGGAAGGGUUGAUAGAGAAGACCAUGGAGCGGGUGGAAGAAAGAGAACGGGUGGAAGAAAUAAAGGACCACGGAAUGGUCCAGAACCGUGAAGAGGGUGAACAGAAGGAAGUGAGUGAGGUGGAUCAUUCAAAGUCUGUAGUUGUUGCCGACUUGGACCUUCAGAUGGCGCAAUUCGAAAAUUUGAUGGAUCGUCGCCCGUUCCUCCUCAACGAUGUGUUGCUUCGCCAGAACCCACACAGCGUGGAUGACUGGAUGGCGCGCUUUGCGCUCUACGGGCCGGCACAGCUCGAGGCAAUGCUCGCAGACAUGGUGCGCUCGCUCACGACAAUCUCACCGUUCAAAGGCAAGGCGUUGCACCGCAUUUGGCUCCGCUACGCGGGAGUGUAUGAAGCCAACGGCGACCUCGUGACCGCGCGUGUCAUCUUUGACCGUGCCAUAAAGGUGGAGUACGGCACGGUGGAGGAGCUCGUGGAGGUAUGGAGCGGGUGGUGCGACAUGGAAUUGCGGCAUGAUGACUUCGACCACGCGCUUAGGGUGCUCGAACAGGUCUUGUUUAUUGACCAUGUUUCAAAGCAGAUUGCUCCAUCGGUGGUGGAAGAAGCCCGGAAGAUCAGCUUCAAGGACGCCAACCUCAAGCCCCAGCAGCGCGUGUUCAAGUCUGUCAAGUUGUGGACGUUGUAUCUCGACUUGAUGGAGUCGAUGGGGGACGACCCUACAACCAUCGACCAGAUCUGUCAGGCGUACGAGUCGAUUCUCCGCAUGAAAAUCGCGACACCCGUGGUAAUUGUCAACUAUGCCAACUUCUUGGAGUCGGUCCACCGCUUCGAGCAGAGUUUUACAGUGUACGAAAAGGGUGUGGCGUUGUUCAAGUUCCCCGUCAACUACGAGAUCUGGAACAUCUACCUCUCGAAGGUGUUGGCGCGACAGGCGGUUGUGAGCAACGAGCGCAUCAGAGACUUGUUCGAACAGGCCUUGGAAUCGUGUUCUGUCGCGGAAACCACGCUGGGGAGUAGCUUUGUCAAGGCCAUCGUGUUAAGCUAUGGUAAUUGGGAAAUCAGUAUGGGCUUCAGCAAGCGCGCGUUCCGGAUGUACGAAAAGCUUCUCGGUCAGAAGAGCAUCCUCGCCACACUGGACCGUUUUGACCUCCGCCAGAUCUACCUCAAGCAGGCGUUGGCUAGUCUCGGCGUGCCGGAGACCCGCAAGCUUUACGAAAGCGCGCUCAGCGACGAAUUUCUCAGCAAUGCGCAGAUCUGGCAGCUCACAGAGCAGUUGGUUGACAUAGAGACGGCCGCGUUGGAGCUCACGCGUGUCAGAGAGCUCUUCCGCUAUGCCGCCGCCAACUUAAUUGUCUCACUCCGUGCCGCCGACUGGGGCAUCUGGGACCGCUGGUCGGCAUUCGAGGUCGCGCACGGUACUGAGGCUACAUAUAAACAGAUGUUGCGUUACAAACGCCAGAUUGAAUUGAGCUUGAAGGAACGUGAGGUCCUCGAUCCGUCGCUCGCUGCCGGCGAUAACGGCGGUGUUGUCUUUGUCAAGUCCUCCACGGGGCCAAAGGUCACCAGUGAGUCGCUCAAGAAGGAGCCUGAGAACCCCGACGCCAUUGAGCUUGAUAUCGACUUGGAUUGAGGUCUGAGCAUCUCGGAAAGCCAAGUCUUUACUUACAAGGAUUUAAAAUCAACGUAGGUGUCAACCAUAGAUUUAUUAUGCGUGAAUCCGAAACUUCUAGUCUCUCUCUGAGUUCCACCAGAAAAUUG